AUGGCACAACCACAACUACCAGUUCCAAACCCUGCCAACAUACAGGCUGCCCUCAACGGGAUGACUGCGGAAGAAAACACCAUUGCACAGAGUACCCAGGCAUACAACGCUCAUCGUCGGCAUCUCGCUGAUGAGCUGACACUCUGUGCCAACUACCCUAUCGGACAGGUGCAGCAAGCUGUUGGACAGGUGCAGCAAGCUGUUGGACAGUUGCAGCAAGCUGUUGGACAGGUGCAGCAAGCUGUUGGACAGUUGCAGCAAACUGCCGGACAGACGCAGCAAGCUAUUGGACAGUUGCAGCAAAAUGCCGGACAGACGCAGCAAGCUAUUGGACAGAUGCAGCAACAACUUGCUGAUCUCCAGCGGACUCUUCAGCGGUCAACCGACAAGAUUAGUGCCCAGAUUUGGAAUUCAGAGGCUCGAAUUCAGAACGGAAAAGUCCUUAUUGCCACAGUAGCUCUAAUCGUCAUGCACAGCAUCGAUUCGGGCCCCAACGCUCAAGUCCCAAUCGGCGAUCCCAUCCCAAACUUUCCAGCCACCCCUGAUCAGAUAUCACGGAUGACCGGUACUCUCCCUUUCCAAGGUAUCUCCUUUUGA